CUUAUUACCAAUCCGUGAGAGUGUUGCAGCGCACCCAGUUCUAUUUAUAUUCGGCUUUCUUGGAUAACCGUGUUGCUACUGACGUGCGACCAUGCAUCCGUAUCCUGGCGUACAGCAAAGACACGAAUCCCACAGCUCCUUGGUGCCGCAUCUGGUUCAACACAACGGGGCCGCCAGCCGUCUCGCGCGUCAUCAGAAUCGAUUACUUGGACUGGCAACCCAGGUCAGGCGAUCGCCACAUGACCUUCCUGCUCACGUGUCGAAUCCCGAAGUACAAUUCUCACCUCACGCCCUUAUCGGUGUCCGUUGUGAGCCGCCCGUGUGAGAAGUACACUAAGAAUUUGCUGAAGGUAUUUGGGUCUAUGGAACGCGACACUAAAACAGCUUUAGUUAACUCCAGCAAGAAUAAAAAUAGGUCACCUGUGUGGAACGCGGCCGUGUGCGGACCGGCGCUCUCCUACUACCACGAAGACGUUUCCAUCCAGUUGGUUGAGUGGCUGGAGCUCCUGAGGGCUUUGGGCUUCGCCAGGGUGUUCCUGUACGAGACGGAAGUCCAUCCCAACAUCGAGAAAGUCCUGCGCUACUACGAGGCCGAGGGAUUCGUUGGUGUCACUAAAUUCGCAUACCAUGUCAACGAUCCCAUCCUGCGCAAACUCUGGGCGUUGAUGGAACUUACGCAAGUUCUGGGCAUGGAGAACCUGCUCUUCACCGACUGCGUCCUCCGCCACAUGCACGAGUACCGCUUCCUCGCCCGCCUCAACCUCGACCAAAUGCCCAUGUUGCCCAACCACGACUCCUUCCCGCUUUGGCUCAACGACCAAUUACUUCAGAAUUCGAUUGGAAAUGGGUCGGCCGAGAACCUCCCGCCGUCAUAUGAUCUGCGCUGGUAUUAUCACCACGACGACCUAGGGACUCCGGCCUCCAGCGCUUCUCUCCCUGAGUAUCUGAAGUUUCUGCGUCAGUCCAAGAGGACAGUGAUGGACAUUUACCCAACAAACUACAACCCGACGUAUGACAUGAAUCUCGUCACCGGUGUCUUCUCGAACGAUGUUGCUGUUUGUGCAAGCGGAAAGUGCCGAGGCGAGUCCUACCAGUGCCCGAGAGACGUGGCUUACCUUGGCCUCUACACCAAGACCUGCGGAGAAGACUGCAAGAAGCCCGGGUCAACGGUAGAGGUCUCAGCUCUCCGGAAGUACAAGGGCCAAGUCUCCAGUGCCGUUGCCAAAGUCCUGCGGGAGCUGCGUCUCGUCGUUUAAGUUGCACACUUAUUGUGCAGAUAUGAAGAAUUUGAGAGAAUAUAUAUGUGUGUACGCGCGCGUGUAUGUGUGUGUGUUCUAUACACUCCCACUCCCACUCCCAUUCCCUCUUUUAUAAUUAUGAAGGAGUGCCGAACAGGUGUGCUGUGCCAUGACACA